AUGGACGCCGCGACGGCGCGUCAUCUGAACGAGACGGCGUCGGGAGGGCUGGCGGGGGGGACGCGCGGGGCCCGGGCCCCCGCGUCCGCGCCCGCGUCGCCGCUGUCGAGACGCGCCGCCGCCGCGAGAGCAACUAAGAGGGCGACGGCGCGCGCGCCGUCCUCCGCGUCGACGUUUCACUUCAAGUGGCUCGCGACCGUGGGCGUCUCGUUGGAGGUGUGGAAGCUAGCGUCGAGGGACUGGGCGCUGACCGCGUCGAUCGCCGCGCUCGCCGCGGUGGCGUUCGUCGCGGCGGCGGCCGCCGUCGCGAUCGCGUCGUCCACGCGGCGGUGCAUCGCGCCCGGGCCCGAAAGAGCCGACGGUUCAUCUUCCGUCGUUCGCGACGGUUCAUCUUCCUCCAAAACGACGCCCACGCCGAGGCGCGCGAUUUCGAGUCACAAAAAAACCAGAACCAGCGGGCGCGUCUUCCGCGCGUACCUCGCCGCGGAUGCGAAGAUUCGACGCGCGCUGAUCGCGUCCGUUAACCCCAUCGUCGCGGCGUCGCUCAUCGCCGUCGGCGUCUUUCUCCUCGCCGUCGUCGCGACGUUCUUCACGGUGAACAUCGCGCGCGAGAGCGGCGACGCGGUCGUCGAGGCGCACCGCUCGAUGGUGCACGGGUAUUCGUCCGCGAGCGGCGGCGGCGGCGGCGGCGUAUACGCCAGGUAUUCGUCGCCGGCGGUGCGCGGCGUCGUCGACGCCGGCGUCAAGGCGUGGAGUGAGGCGGUGGAGAAGCAGUGGCCGCGCGCGCUGACGUACGCGCAGGCGCACCUCGAGGACGUCUUCCCCGGGUGCAACGUCACGGAGCUGUGGGAGAGCAUGCAGGGGAUGUACGCGGAGCUGAUGGAGUCGGGCGGCGAGGAAGGGGGUCUAAACGGUAACGGUAACGGUAAGAGAAGAGGAGGGAGACGCGGCGGCGGCGGCGCGAUGAUGAGUCGCGGCGGCGCGUCGUCGUCGCGGUGGGCGGCGGGGUUGAAGGAAGCCGGGCGCGUGCUGCGCGGCGGCGACGUCGCCGGCGCGUUCUCGCACCUCGUGGACGUCGGCGCGGAGAUCGCGGCGGGAGCGGGCGGCGGCGCGAAGGGGGCGGGAGGCGCGCGCGGCGGCGGCGGCGGCGGCGGCGGCGGCGUCCGGCGGCUCUUCGGCUUCAGCGGCGGCGGCGGCGGCAAAAAACGCGGAGGAAAAGCCGCCGGCGCGGGCGCCGCGUCCGCGUCCGUGGACGACGUCCUGCGCGUCGCGUCCGCCGCGAGAAACGCGCUCCAAGACCGCGCCGCGGACAUCGUCGCCGGCGGCGGCCGCGGCAUCGCGCAGGUCACGUCCUGGGCCGCGAGGGCGUCCUUCAGCGUCUUCGGCGUCGCCGGCGGCGUGCUGAGCUACGUCUUGAAAUCCGUCGUGUUUUUCACCGUGUUGUUCCACAUCCUAAACAGCGAGGCCGACCCCGCGGUGAGGCUCGUGGAGCUGAUCCCGGUGAACGCGCACGUCAAGGAGGUCGCGGUGAAGUCGCUGACGAGAGGCGUCAGGGGCGUCUUCGUGUCGUGCGUCAAGCUCGCGCUGUUUCACGCGGCGUUCACGUGGGUCACGUUCCGCGCGUUCGGCGUGCACUUCGUGUACACGUCCACGCUCGCGUCCGGGCUCACCGCGAUCCUCCCGCUGCUCGCGUCGUGGUCCGUCUCUCUCCCCGCGGCGCUCGGACUCCUCGCCAAGGGAGAGGGCGCGAAAGCCGCCGCGCUCGUGUUGAUGCACUGGAUCACGCUGAUAUUCGUCGACAUCGACAUCUACCAGAGCGAGAUACGCGUCGUGCACCCGUACGUCGUCGGUCUGUCCGUCGUCGGCGGGAUGUGCGUGUUCGACCCGGCGCUGCAGGGCGCGGUGCUCGGUCCGCUGCUCGUCACGGCGUGCGCGACGGGGUAUAACUUGUAUCAGGAGCUCAUGCGCGCGCCGGUGAGCGCCGCGAGUGGGCUGGGCGCGGCGACGCCGGGGAUCGGGAUGCCAGGGACGGGGAUGCCAGGGACGGUCGGCGGGACGGUCGGGCCCGCGGCGAGGGCUGCGGCGCGAAGGGACGCGUCGGAGAGGAGCGGGGCGGCGUCGGCGGCGGCGGCGGCGGUGGCGCGCGCUCUGAGAGAGUCGCCGCGGCCGGGGAGCGGGGGGAAACGGAGCCCGGGCGCGCGCGCGCUGCCGCGGGUGGCGACGCUGGGACGACGCGCGUAG